CGUACUCGCCACCAAAAUUACUCAGCCAUAGAUUUUGACGAAGUUGCAGUGGCAGCUGAAACGCACCCUUUGCGAAAAGUCUUUCAUAGUUGUGGCGGUGCUACUGAAGCGGUAGUACUCAAUUGGCUCAAUAGAUACAAAUUCUAAAUUCGCUUUGAUGUGAUAGUAAAUCGUCGAUGUUGAAAAAAAUUUGGUUGUUUCGAUUCGGUUUGUAAUUUUUUGUGAAAAUCGAAAGUGAAAUUGAUUUGAAGUGAAGAGUGUGUUUUGAAAUCGAUCCUGAUUAGUGAAUUUGAUCCAAAAUAAUUUUUAAGAGUGAAAAACGUGUCAAAAUGAAGAUCUUUAAAAGUUGUAUGAAAUCAUUUGCAAAGGAGUUUAAAUGGAAAAACUUUGGCUUUGAAUAUAAUCAACUGGAGCACUUCUAUCGUUCAAAGUGGCAAUCGAAUGAAUGUAGCAUUUUGUAUCUAAUUUAUCGUUGGAUUUGCUCAUUAUUCUUUAUUGGUCUCUUCACAUCUUGUUUGGUUUUGCAAUUCUCGGAUGGGAAAAUUUUUAUCUUCUUGACAAACUGGGGUAUUAUACUAUGUCUCUUCACGCAACUGACUGCCGCUCUAUUGGUAACCUGCUGGCAUUUCGAUUUGGGUGAGAUACGCGCAACCAUUUACGAUCAUGACGCGAAAGCCAUUACCGGAGUAGCAAACUCCAUGCGAACACCAACCAUCGUUAAAAUUUAUUGGCUAUUGCAUGGCGUUGCGCUAUUACUGGCACUGGUCAUUACAACUGUUUACUGGAUUUUUUUGCAUGGAAAAAUGAAUAAACCUGUACGAUUUCCAACCAUAAGUUUUGCCACUCACUGCCUCAACUCAGUGUUUAUGUUAACCGACUUUUUAGUAAUCGGAUUCCCUAUGCGCUUACUGCACACCGUAUAUGCGAUGUUACUGCCAAUUUUUUAUUGCCUAUUUACCGUAUUGUAUUAUUUUUGCGGUGGAGAAGAUGAAUAUGGGAAUCGUUACGUAUAUCCGAUAUUGGACUGGAAAUCUCCUAGUAAGGGCAUAAUAACAUUUGCAGGAGUCUUCUCGCUGUACGUGGUUUAUUGUUUGAUAUUAUUUUUAUUGGACAAACUGAAAAAUGUCAUUUAUUGUGCUUCUCGUGUGGUCUGGAAGCCACAUGCAGUAGCUUUAUAUUAAGAGGCCAUCAAGUGUUCAAGGUUUUCUUUUAAAUCGAAUUUUUUAUACCUAACGUAUAUAUUCUCAAGUAAAAGUAUUUAAAUUGAAUUAAAUAUAAAUUGAUAAAGCUAAGUGGGUGAUAGAAUUGUUCCUUUUAAUAUAAAACAAUAAUGUUAGUAAUUAUAAUAAUUACCAUCGGAAUCAUCAUAAUUUAGUUAUCAAAUAAAAUAUUUAUAUUUAUCGAAUAGUGAAUAAGAUAUGCAUCUAUAUAUAUGUGUUUUUAUAUUAUGAGAAAUAAGAACCGAACUAUUGUAAUACGAAAAUUUAAAA